GUGGAUCGUUGUAGGGCAAAGGUGGACUCAACUCGGGCGGGGCGGUCGAUUCGAGGGCAACGGGAAAGGGUUAGAGGGGGCAGGAUGUUCGAAGGUCGUCGAUAUACUCUGAUCUGAAUUGGAGAAGAAGGUACAGGAAACUCUUCUGACCGGACUAUGCUCUAGCCUACUAGCUACUAGCCUGGCCAUAUACACCGUCUUGUCCGAAAACGAAACCGGAAACACACACACACGCUCGAACCAUCUCCUAAACGCACCCUCUACCACCACCACCACCACAGCUACAACCACAACCACAACCACAACCCGAACUACGACCCCAGCCAUGCCCCCUCCUCCGACCGGCUCAGGUUUCCAACUAACCGACGACCCCACCACCCCCCAGACCUCCGCUACCAUCCCAUUCAGAUCACUCAUCCCCAGCCCUUCUCACCCCCGGAUCAAGGGUAUCGGACACCAUACGGCCUCUUCUUGGUGCGAAUCCAGGAAAGAUAUCCCCGAACCAGGCUGGCUCAUCAACCGGUUAGACUACCAGAACCUCCAUUCCGUCGAGGGUAAUGAAGGUCCCUACAAGGGGUUCUCAACCGACGGGGACCCGAACCCAAACAUAUUCCGAUAUGGGGAGGAUGAAGGUGCCCCAGUACACGAAGCUGUAAAAGCGGUCAAGGUUUUAUGGAGCAAGUUGGGUAAAAGGGAGAGGAAGGAGUGCAGGAUGGGGGAUGUGAGGGGGGAUGAGAGGGUGAGGGUUUGGAGUAAUCCGGAGUUGUAUGUUAAUCCUGGCGGUAUCCGCCUAGACGCCCCCCAAACCUCCCCCCAAACCCAAGCCCUGAUCCACGAUAUACUCAAAACUUCCCUUUCCCCCGAAGGAUACGCAAAAGCACUCGGGUGUACGUGGACGAACGCGUUCUUAGGGGAGCUCGUAGGGGGGAAAGGGGUGUUGAAUGAGCAUAGUUAUAAUUUCCGGUUGUUCUUGCCGGAGUCGCCGAAGAAGUCGGGGUCAAGGUCGGGGUCGGGGUCGGAGUCGGGGUCGAAGUUGGAUGGGAAGGAGGCGAAUGGUGUUGCAGACGAUGAUGAUGCGCUGGAAGACCUAGACCUGUUGACCCGGCCCUGGGGAUGGAGUUUCUUCGGCCACCACCUCUGCCUGAACGUCGUCUUCGUCGGCAAGCGCAUGAUCGUCGGACCGACGUUUAUGGGCGCGGAACCUGAUCGAAUCGACACAGGCCCACAUGCGGGGACGAGGUUGUUCACACAGGAAGAGAUCCGGGGGUUGGAUUUGAUGCGGGAUUUGAGUGAGGAGAAUAGGAAGAAGGCGCAGGUGAAUGUGGAUAUGAAGGAGGGGCUGGGGGAGGGGAGGUGGAACCCUUUCGAUGAGAGGCACCUGGGAGGCGCUCGGCAGGAUAACAGGAUCGUUCCCUUCGAAGGCCUACCCAUCUCCCAGAUGACCGAACCCCAGCGCGAACAGGUCUGGUCCAUCCUCCGGGCGUUCAACUGUUACCUCCCCGCCAAACCGCUCGAGGCGAGGAUGAACAGGUUGAGGUCGGUCCAGGAAGAGACGUACUUUGCGUGGAUAGGAGGGUACGGGCUGGGGGAUCCGUAUUAUUUCAGGAUCCAUUCGCCGAUGACUUUUUGCGAGUUCGAUUUUCACUGUGGGAUCUUCCUGACCAACACCUCCCCGGCGAAAUGUCAUAUCCACACGAUCAACCGGUUGCCGAACUGUGAGGAUUACGGCAAGGCGUUGAUCGCGCAGUGGGAGAGGGAGAAUGCGAAGAAUGGGAACGGGGAGUGAGGUGCUUGACUGUGGGAACGUUCCGAGUUGCGAGUUGCGAGUUGCGAGUUGGUACUUGUGGGAAUCACUUUUUUUUGAAACGACGUCGUUUUGAGCAGGAGCUCGAUAGCGUCUCGUGAUGUGUAAAUCGAUGCAUGCAUGCAGUGAAAGGUGAUCGAUCGAUCGAUCAGCAAAACCCAAUUGGGCUCGUACUGUAGUCGUAGCAGAGUCACAACGCAUAGCCAUGCCAUGUCCGGCUGUAUGAAAUGCGUACAUAGCGAUGAACAUCAUGCAUAUAUAUUCAUUCUAAG